AUGCCUUCGAAAAACGAUAAAGAACAUGCGCCUAAGAAACCGCCGAAAACCGAUCGACAGAAAAAAGCCGAAGCGGAAAUGAUGAAAACUCUUGCUACUCAAUAUAAUGGCGUUCUGUCAACAAGUGACUUAAAUGCUAUGAAAGAAGUCUUUGACGCAUAUGACAAACAAAAUACUGGUAUUAUAAAAGUUAGUUUAAUCGGUAAAAUCUUUCGCAAUCUUGGUUUUAAUCCUUUGGAAAGUGACAUUCAACGAAUCAUGUCCCAAAUCGAUCCGAAUGAUAAAGAUCAAAUGAAAUUUCCUGACUAUGUCACCGCUUUUCUAAGUAUUCCAUCAUCCGUCACUGACCGAGAGAUCGUUCCCGCUUUUCAAGUAUUUGACACAGAAAAUCGUGGUGUGUUAGAAGCAGAUGAGAUGUUAAAGCAAUUGUUGAACAUCGGUGAACCGUUAACCGAAGCGGAAGCCAAAGCGUUCAAAGACAAUCUUAAGAUCGAUGAGCAAGGUUUAUUCAAUUACACAGAAUUUUUCCUCAAAUUCACUCAACCAAAAAGUAAAACAAAGAAGAAAGGAAAGAAAAAGAAGAAGAAGAAGAAAUCGAAAUAA